UAGGGACCGGUAUUCCGUAGCCUCUUAGCAACGCGAGAGGGUCAAGUGACACCGUCAGCUGACUCCCGUGGUGGAGGACGCUGUGGUAGCCAGUUCUGGCGGUGUUGCAGUCACGAUUGCUCGGCUGGGGGCCCGAGCCGAACAGUCACCGUUAGGAUGUCGGGCAAAGACCGGAUUGAAAUCUUCCCGUCGCGAAUGGCACAGACCAUCAUGAAAGCUCGGUUAAAAGGAGCACAGACUGGUCGAAACCUCCUGAAGAAAAAAUCUGAUGCCUUAACUCUUCGAUUUCGACAGAUCCUGAAGAAAAUAAUAGAGACUAAAAUGCUGAUGGGUGAAGUGAUGAGAGAAGCUGCCUUUUCAUUGGCUGAGGCCAAGUUCACAGCAGGCGACUUCAGCACCACAGUUAUCCAAAAUGUAAAUAAAGCACAAGUGAAGAUCCGAGCAAAGAAAGAUAAUGUAGCAGGUGUUACCCUACCAGUGUUUGAACAUUACCAUGAAGGAACUGAUAGUUAUGAAUUGACUGGUUUAGCUAGAGGUGGGGAACAGCUGGCCAAACUGAAGAGGAAUUAUGCCAAAGCAGUGGAACUACUGGUGGAGCUAGCUUCACUGCAGACUUCCUUUGUUACUCUGGAUGAAGCCAUUAAGAUAACGAACAGGCGUGUAAAUGCCAUUGAGCAUGUUAUCAUUCCCCGGAUUGAACGCACCCUUGCCUAUAUUAUCACAGAGCUGGAUGAGAGAGAGCGAGAAGAAUUCUAUAGGUUAAAGAAAAUACAGGAGAAGAAAAAGAUUAUCAAGGAAAAAUUCGAGAAGGAGUUGGAGUAUCGGAGAGCAGCUGGAGAAGUGAUGGAGCCUGCCAACCUGCUGGCUGAGGAGAAGGACGAGGACCUGCUGUUCGAGUAACGGCCCCUUUGCUCCCUCAGACCCAGCACCAGCUCCGUGUUAACCCAGUGUAUAGGUUCGGUAUAUGUGGCUAUUUAUUUUGGCAUAAGAAUUCCCUGGCUUUAAGAUUUAUCGGGAUGUCCUGUAAGACUAUUUCUCCUGCAUUGUGAUUCAGCAACCAGUUAUCACAGUUGAAUGAGAUGUGUAAAACUUGCCCAGUAACUUACAUAAUUUCCUCUGUGAAAGCGUCUUAGGAUUCUAUUUACAGUAGCUUCACUGGUACUUACACACAUUCGUGGUUUCAGCCAACUGCUGGUGCAGCUUUUGUCCUACCCACUUGCAAACCAUGGCACUGUGCAGCCACUGUUGUGUUACUGUGGUCGCAGCUCUACAUCUAUUUUUCUUUGCACGCUAAGUCUGUCUGUAAUGGAAGCAGUUCUGCCCAUUUAAAUGUGACUUAUGAACAGAGUAAAACGAUUUUAAAAACA